CGUUCUUCGUAUCUGUUCAGGUCAGGGUUCAUUAGGAGGUCAAAACUAUGAUUAUAUUAGAUGUUCUCCUGCAAAACAAGAAAUGGUGUCAUCUUGAGCGAGGCAUGAAAUCAGACACUUGAUAAUAACUAAAUAAAAAGGCAGACACUGUUGAAGAAAUACAAACGUCAAGAGAAUGGAGCUGGAUAAAGUUUCCGUAGUAAAACAAUUACAAAAAAAAAUAAAAGCCAGCAGCACAUUCUGACACGCAUCAUGUGAGCUCCUGCUGUUCCUUAUUAAUAGUCAGGUUUUCCACGGUGUAGCCCGGCGUAGGAGGAAAUACCGGUAUGUAUCUGCCUUGUGUGUAGUUCAGUCACAGUUGACGAAUGUCCGUGUUUCUCCGGCGGAGGUCGGACAGCAUUCGGAAACACUCGGCCAGUCUUCGGAAUCUCUCGGGUCUAACUCGACUUCACUCGAUGGUACUUGCUGAGCUAAUUUUCGUGUCUCUCCUUCUUCGUGUUGUUGUUCCCGGUGACGCGACGGAGGUGUAGCCUGACGCGGUCUCUUACGUGUCGGCCUGAAUAAAAGUGGAGCUCCGGGGGCCCGGGAGUGACGGAAGGAGUCUGUACCGUCUUCAGCAAACUAAAUGACCAUGGAAUCUGGAGCAGAGACUCAGCGGGGUGGCGAGGCUGCUGUCACAGAGACAGAAAACCAGCAGAUUGGAGUGCAGGCACAGCCACAGAUUGCAACGCUUGCACAGGUGUCCAUGGCAGGGGCUCACGCUACAUCUACAGGCCCCACAGUGACUCUUGUUCAGCUUCCAAACGGACAGACGGUUCAGGUGCACGGGGUCAUACAGGCUGCACAACCCUCAGUCAUCCAGUCUCCGCAGGUUCAGACGGUGCAGGUGAGCACUGACAACUGUAUCUAUAUUUCUACGAUUGCUGAGAGCGAGGAUUCCCAGGAGUCGGUGGACAGUGUGACAGACUCUCAGAAACGCAGAGAGAUCCUCUCAAGACGGCCCUCCUACAGAAAAAUCCUGAAUGAUCUUUCAUCGGACGCCCCAGGAGUUCCCCGGAUAGAGGAAGAGAAAUCGGAAGAGGAUUCGUCCACUCCUGCCAUCACCACAGUGACUGUGCCAACACCGAUAUACCAAACCAGCACCGGGCAAUACAUUGCUAUCACACAGGGAGGUGCCAUUCAGCUGGCUAACAAUGGCACUGAUGGAAUGCAGGGGCUGCAGACACUGACCAUGAGCAAUGCGGCUGCAGCUCAGCCCGGUACUACAAUCUUGCAGUACGCACAGACCUCUGAUGGGCAGCAGAUACUGGUUCCCAGUAACCAGGUAGUUGUGCAAGCUGCCUCCGGGGAUGUCCAGGCCUAUCAGAUCCGCACUGCUCCCACCAGCACCAUCGCCCCGGGCGUGGUCAUGGCGUCCUCCCCAGCACUGCCCACUCACCAGACAGCGGAGGAAGCGACUCGCAAGAGAGAAGUGCGCCUCAUGAAAAACAGGGAGGCAGCGCGGGAGUGUCGCAGGAAGAAAAAGGAGUAUGUGAAAUGCCUGGAGAACCGGGUGGCUGUGUUGGAAAACCAGAACAAAACGUUGAUUGAAGAACUUAAAGCACUUAAAGACCUCUACUGCCAUAAAUCCGAUUAAUUCCACGGAUGUUUUACUGCAGAUCUGUACAGAGACUAGUCUGGCAUUAGGAAGCUGGGCGACAGACACAUUUUUCUAAAUGUUGUGUGUGUGUGUUUUUUUUUUUUUUUUUUAUGCUACAAAAUACCUGCAAAAGGAUCCGACCUAUUUCAAAACUAUGGAUUAGUCCUACGUCCUACCGUUGGAUAAUAACAACAAUACUUUUAAUCAUGAAGACCCGUUUUUUAAAUAAAUUUAUUAUAAUAUAUAUAAAAAAAAAA